AUGGCUACAUAUAAGCCUAAGAACAUUCUCAUCACUGGGGCUGCUGGAUUCAUAGCGUCCCAUGUUGCCAACAGGCUAGUUCGCAGCUACCCUGACUACAAAAUCGUUGUGCUUGACAAGCUUGAUUACUGUUCAAACCUGAAAAACCUCAAUCUUUCAAAAUCCUCUCCUAAUUUCAAGUUUGUAAAGGGAGACAUCGCCAGCGCUGACCUCGUUAACUACCUUCUCAUUACCGAAAACAUUGACACCAUUAUGCACUUUGCUGCUCAAACCCAUGUUGACAACUCUUUCGGUAAUAGCUUUGAGUUUACCAAGAACAAUAUUUAUGGUACCCAUGUCCUUCUUGAAGCUUGCAAAGUCACUGGGCAGAUCAGGAGGUUCAUCCAUGUGAGUACCGAUGAGGUCUAUGGAGAGACCGAUGAGGAUGCUUCGGUUGGAAAUUGUGAGGCUUCUCAGUUGCUCCCGACCAAUCCAUACUCUGCCACUAAGGCUGGAGCUGAGAUGCUUGUGAUGGCAUAUGGUAGAUCGUACGGGUUGCCAGUUAUAACAACUCGCGGGAACAAUGUUUAUGGUCCUAACCAGUUUCCUGAGAAGUUGAUUCCUAAGUUCAUCUUGUUGGCUAUGAAUGGGAAGCCACUCCCGAUCCACGGAGAUGGAUCUAACGUUAGGAGUUACCUCUACUGUGAAGAUGUUGCUGAGGCAUUUGAGGUUGUUCUUCACAAAGGAGAAGUUAACCAUGUCUACAAUAUCGGAACAACGAAAGAAAGGAGAGUGAUUGAUGUGGCCAACGACAUCUCCAAACUCUUUGGAAUAGAUCCCGACUCCACCAUUCAGUUUGUGGAGAAUCGACCAUUUAAUGACCAGAGGUACUUCCUCGAUGACCAGAAGCUGAAGAAAUUGGGAUGGUCUGAGCGAACCACUUGGGAAGAAGGACUUAGGAAGACAAUGGAAUGGUAUACUGAGAACCCUGAGUGGUGGGGCGAUGUUUCUGGAGCUCUGCUUCCUCAUCCACGGAUGCUGAUGAUGCCCGGUGAUAGACUCUCUGAUGGCUCUGACGAGCGCAAGGAUGCAGGUGGUAAUCAGACAUUCACGGUGGUUACUCCCACCAAGAAGGGUGGUUCCGGAGACAAAACAUUCUUAAAGUUCCUCAUCUAUGGGAAGACUGGGUGGCUCGGUGGUCUUCUAGGAAAACUAUGUGAGAAGCAAGGGAUUCCGUACGAGUAUGGAAAAGGGAGAUUAGAGGACAGAGCUUCUCUCAUGGCGGAUAUUCGCAGCGUCAAACCUACUCAUGUCUUCAAUGCCGCUGGUUUGACAGGCAGACCCAAUGUUGACUGGUGUGAAUCCCACAAACCCGAGACCAUCCGAGUCAAUGUUGCUGGUACUUUGACUCUGGCAGAUGUUUGCAGAGAGAAUGACCUGUUGAUGAUGAACUUUGCCACCGGAUGUAUCUUUGAAUAUGACGCUGCACAUCCUGAAGGUUCAGGGAUUGGUUUCAAAGAAGAAGACAAACCGAAUUUCUUCGGAUCUUUCUACUCAAAAACAAAGGCUAUGGUCGAAGAGCUUCUAAGAGAAUUUGACAACGUAUGUACCUUGAGAGUGCGGAUGCCAAUCUCAUCCGACUUAAACAACCCGCGAAACUUCAUCACGAAGAUCUCGCGUUACAACAAAGUGGUGAACAUCCCAAACAGCAUGACCGUACUAGACGAACUCUUACCAAUCUCAAUCGAGAUGGCGAAGAGGAACCUAAGGGGAAUAUGGAACUUCACCAAUCCAGGAGUGGUGAGCCACAACGAGAUACUAGAGAUGUACAAGAGUUACAUCGAGCCGGGUUUCAAAUGGUCCAAUUUCACUUUGGAAGAGCAGGCUAAGGUCAUUGUCGCAGCGCGGAGCAACAACGAGAUGGAUGGUGCCAAGCUCAGCAAGGAGUUUCCUGAGAUGCUAUCCAUCAAAGAUUCGUUGAUCAAAUACGUCUUCGAACCCAACAAGAGAACGUAA